AUGAAGAGGACGGAGCAACAUGGAAACCAUAGUUGGAUAGUCACCAAUUUUGUCUCUUCUCGUCCUUGGCAACCACGGCUCUAUCAAGUGGUUCUCCUCAUUUUUGGUGCUCUUUUUGCAGCUGCAAAUGUACUGUUUCUCCUCAACAACAAGAAAGAUCCAUCCGCAAAAACAUUCAUUGCUUCAAACCAAGUCCACAAUUCACAGAGAUAUCCCUUUGUUCCGGCCGAUCUCAUUAUUCAAUGUGGCCUAGCAGAGCAUGUCAAUUUGGAAACCUUGCCAGAAAAGCCACUUACUAAAUCACUUGGAUUUGUCAAACCCCACAAGGUUGGAGGCUCUACUGUUGCAAACAUUGUCAAUCGGAUCGUUUGGGGACGCAACAUGACCAAAAUGAUUCCUUCCGGAUACAUCAAUUUGGGAUUUCCGGCUCCUUUUCCAGGAGAUUACAAACAGAUGAAGCAAUUCAAUAAUAAUAAUAAUAAUGAGACAACGGGAAUCUACAGAUUUGAUGCCGUGUCCAAUCAUGCUGUUUUCAAUGCAGAUGCAUUUCGAACGUACCUCAAAGAGCCAAUGCUGAGCUUUACAAUCCUGAGGGACCCCUUGGAGCGAGCCAUCAGUGCCUUUAAUUACAUUCCUCCCUAUAGCUAUGGAAACUAUUCAUGGCAGCAUUUCAUCAGAACGUACAAGAACAUCACACACAUCAAAACACGCGAUGACGCAAAGCAUGUGAACCCAAUGGCCCAUGCCUUGGGAUGGUAUCAUUCGCGACCACCGAUUCUCAUCAGUGGCAACAACAGCAAUACUCCAAUGAAAGGGAUGAUGUGGACAACAGCAUUUGAUCACAACGAAUCGGCUAUUAGAGAAUUCAUCCAGAAAGUGGAUAUUGAAAUGGAUCUGGUCAUGAUUCUUGAUCACUUGACAGAGAGCUUGCUGUUACUGAGGGAUGAAUUGUUGCCUGAGGAGCUGGAAGUAACAGAACUACUUUGGUCUAAUUUCAAAAUGCUAUAUGACCAUUUUCGGGACAGGCUAUUAGCUCGAUGGGAGGCCAAAGUGGAGCAAGCACCGGAAGAAACCAUUCAACUAAAGAAUGGACUCAAUUGCCUUUAUGAGUUGUCACGCAACUUCUCUCCACCGAGAGCAAUCGACUCCCAAAGCCCCUUCAGAUAG